AUGGUGAACGCAGACCCAACUGUGUCUCUUGCAGAGCCCUACAUCAGCGAGAUAACGAGCGAUGGCCGCACGCUGUACGCGUGCCCUUACUGCCCGUACACCUCCGUGCGUCGGUACACUGUGAAGCUGCACCAACGCACCCACACGGGCGAGCGGCCGUUUGUGUGCAACGUGUGCAGCCGACGCUUUGUGCAGCGUACCCACCUGAGGGUGCACCAGAAGCGGCACAUCGGAGUGAAAACGCCCCGCAAGUUCAAGUGCCCCGACUGCGAAGGGCAAUUCCCGAACAAGAGGUCGUUCAAACUGCACUGCCUGUCGCACAGUUGUGGGUUAAAUGUCACGCUGGAACACGGUUAA